AGCUUGUACUUUUGCUGGAAAUCCCCUCCUGAACUCAUUACUGGCGUGCCUAUUAAUAUUAGUGUGCUCACCUCGUUGGGUAGUUAAAUCUAAAUUAUACCUUGAGACUCGAAAGGCUUCCAGGAAGACCACAAAACGGCCACACUAUGCCACACACCCGUCGUAGCCCCAACACUGUCCUGAAAACCAAUUCAUAAUCGACUAAACAUUUCACAUUCAUUCUCACUUUUUGACCUCUCCAACCUAGUCCGCGUGCCACAAAACGGAGUUGCCACUCACUCGACCAAACAAAAUUCAGUGCCACCUACAAGACAGUUCCACCAUACACACAAUUGACCCACCAAUCACAGCCUAUCAACAUGUUCUUGACAAGAAGUGAAUAUGACCGUGGUGUGAGUACUUUCUCGCCAGAAGGAAGAUUGUUCCAAGUCGAAUACUCCCUCGAAGCCAUCAAAUUGGGAUCCACCGCUAUCGGAAUCUCCACCAGUGAAGGAGUGAUUUUGGGAGUCGAAAAGAGAGUGACAUCGUCGUUGUUGGAACACACCUCCAUCGAGAAGAUCGUGGAGAUCGACACCCAUAUCGGAUGUGCCAUGUCCGGGUUGACUGCCGAUGCUAGAUCCAUGAUUGACCACGCCAGAGUAUCUUCAUUGACCCACAAUUUAUACUACGACGAAGAGAUCCAGGUGGAAAGUUUGACUCAGUCAGUGUGUGACUUGGCGUUGAGGUUCGGAGAGGGGGCUGGUGGAGAAAAGAGACUCAUGUCCAGACCUUUCGGUGUUGCCUUGUUGAUUGCCGGUGUCGACAAAGACAAGGGCCCUCAAUUGUACCACGCAGAACCCUCUGGGACCUUUUACAGAUACGACGCUAAGGCUAUUGGAUCUGGAUCCGAAGGGGCCCAAGCAGAGUUACAAAAUGAAUACCACAAGUCCUUGACUUUGAAAGAAGCAGAGUUGUUAGCAUUAAAGAUAUUGAAACAAGUUAUGGAAGAGAAGUUGGAUUGCAAGAACGCACAAUUGGCCAGUGUUACAAAGGAUGGAGGAUUCCAAAUUUACAGCGACGAAAAGACCGAUGAAAUUAUCAAGACUUUGAAUGAACAACAAGUCGAUGAAGAAACUUCUUAGAUUAUUAUAUACUAGGUAGCGUAAUAGUACAUGUCAAACGAAUGCAGCAGUAUGCGUCCAUUAGACGGGAU